CCGGAAGUGUAUCACUGGCCGGAAACGACCACUGUGAAACGAACAUAAGCGCCUACAGGAAGACGGGGACAUUAAAAAAAAAAAUGACACAGUGGGGGGAAAUAUUUGGUUAAUAAUCCCGAUCGAAGCGAAGGAGAAUCUCUGGGAAAAGGACCGGAUUCGAAUGAGGUUGCUGACUGCAGACUACUGGAUUAUAUCGCUGCUGUUUUCUUGGUCUUCCAACUUGGGACUUCAUCCUGUUCAGUGGACAUUCUGGCAUUGCUUCUUAUGCCUUUUCACUGUGAUUUGAACCGAACUGCAAAGACAACAUUUAAUACGGAACACGCAAAUGGGGACCAUUUCUUUAAAUGCCUGUGAGAUAAAUAAGUAAGAGAACAUUCCCUCGCGGCACCCAGCGAACGAGAAGGAACCAGAGGAGUGUCCCUCAACAGUGAGGGAAAUGUUCCAGUUUGGAAAGUACCCUAUGGACAUUUUAGAAAUGCUUAGUGGGCACCAGGCUCAUCAGUUCAAAGGACUUGGGUUUGAACGACAGCUGCAGCACCAACAGCAACUUCAACACCAGCAACAGCUUCAGCAGCAGCAACAGCAGGGCGAGGCUUCCGGAGCUCUGCUCUCUGGCCUUGGCCUGAGUUCCCUUCAAGGAUCUAGAAGCAAUGCGUUUUCUGAUUCCUCGUCGAUUUUUGCCAAAAUGAGCGCACCGCCUCCACCCAUCCCUCAGCAAACGCAGUCUUCUUCCUCACAAAGCUCCCGCAAAUCUAGCAAGAUGAGCAGCUCUGGCAGUUCGGCUUCUGGAUACCCGCAAUUUUUGCGUCCUUUUCACCCUGCAGAGGCUGCUCUAGCACAGGAGCAACUUCACUCAGGGAUGGGGCGGUUUGAUUUUGCAGGAGGCAGUAGUAGUAGUGGGUCCGGAGUGAUUGGCGGAGUCGUGACAUCCGCUCCACCGCCACCACCCCUGCACCCUGGCCUUUCUGUGCCUCAGCCAUCACCUGGACCAUCUUCAUCAUCACCUUCCCCUUCCAGUUCGACCACCACCUCUAAUAACCCUGCUACCAGCAGCAGUACGGUAGCUGGACUGGUUGGGGCUCAGUCUGAGGCACGUAGUUUACACCAGCAAUUUAGUUGCAUGCUUGCAGCCAACCAAUACUUCCUUUCUGGAAUGCCUACCAAUGCUAGCCUUGAGCAGUUUCUAGUUCAGCAGGGUCCCCACAAUCAUCUUGGCCUUACAGACUCAAACACAGGUCUAGCUCCUCCCCCAGCACUUCACCCCUCUCACACACAUGCCCACCCCACCCCCCAGCCUCAGCAGCAACAGCAGCAGCUACCACCCCAUGCAUUGUCUCACCCUCAUACCCAUGCCCAUCCGCAUCACCCUCUUCACCCUGCCCCUCAACCAUCACCACUUAGUGGAUUUGAUUUUCAAGGCAUCCCUGUACUUUCCUCUAAUCAACUAGCUUCCCUUAUGCAACAGGAAGCAGGUCUUCCUCUCCCUCUUCCACUUCAUCUCUCUGCCCCAAAGGAUGAUGGGAAAGGGGAUAGUGGCAGCGGUAGUGGAGGUAGUGGCAGCAGGAGAAAGAAAGCAAUGGCCGGAUACCUGCCCCAGAGGAAAUCUGAUGGCAGUAGUGGUGGUAGUAGUAGCAGUACUAACUGCCAUAGCAGCUCUGGGGCACAUGGCCAUGAUGGGUCUUCUGGCCUUGUGGGAGGAGGUGCCGGGGUUGGCAUGAGAGGUCUUGGUAGUGACCCCUCCUCGAUUCUCUCUUCUUCAACACCAUCCUCCUCCUCUUCUUCAACUGUCUCUUCCUCUGCGCCCUCCUCGAAUUCUGCCUCUGUGUUGGUAACAAAUGUUUCACAGAUCCCCAAAUCCGAUAAUCAAUCCGCACUGACGCCCACUGUUACUCAGCCCGAGCCUUAUCACUGUGGAGAAUGUGGCAAAUCAUUCACAGAACUUCCUAGUCUCCGUAGACAUAUACGUAGCCAUGAAGAAGGGCGUAACGGCCCCAAUAGCAGCGUUAACACAACUCCGAAUACUGUCCAUCAACAUCAGUCAGACACUAGUCUCCCUCACUCAACACAAGAUGGCUUAUCUCAGCAAAACGCCCACCAACACGAACCGAAUCAGUCAAAUCCAGACCCCACUUCUUCAUGUCCAAGUCCAGAUAAGACGUAUUGUUGCACUGAAUGUGGGAAAGGUUUUAAAAAAAGAGGACACCUCCUUCAGCAUGGUGUUAUACAUUCUGGUGCACGGCCUUAUGCUUGUUCCACCUGCGAAAGGUCUUUUAACCGCGAAUCUUUGACUCGACACGAGAAAAUCCACGAGGAUAAACCUUACCGCUGUCCAGCUUGUGAUCGUUGCUUUAGAGAGAGUACCUCUUUGCUCAACCAUGCUGCCUCUGGCUCGUGCGGCAAACCAGGAAGGGGCUCUAGUUCAAGAAGCAGCGAUGGCAGUUCAGCGAGUUCCGAUGACAAAGUGGAAGGAAGUGAAUACCAAGGUGGACAGUUAAACGAAAAAGGAUUGGGCUAUCCGAAAACCGAGGGAGGAGCAACAGAAAUGUCUUGUGCGGGCAUGUAUUCACAGAGCAGAGGAGGCAAUCCAAAUACUGUCGAUAAACCAGAAAGCAAAUACAAUUCAGCAUAUUCAAGAGAUCCCUAUCAGACAUCCUAUAGAGUUGAUGAUUACCGUCGACCACAAAGUACUCUGACCUCGUACUCUGGAGAUGGCUCAUGUACUAACAGCAUGUCGGGCCCUGCCCUCAGAAAAGCCCCCCUAGCGCCAACACUUCAUCCACACCCUUCAAAUCAGCAGCAGCAGCAGCAACAACACCAUCAUCACCAACAGCAGCCACAUCUUCCUCUUUCUUCUCUUCUAGAUGAUUCCGAUGAUGAAGUUACUAGCAGUGCCAUGUCUGCUAUAGCUGCAGCUGCUGCUGCCUCGGUUUUGCCCGAAAUAAACAGCAACGGGGGAAGAGAGGAACGAAGAGAUAUAAUCGGAGGUCUGUUAGGGGGUCUUGGUUUUGGGACUCUAGGUGGCCCAUCUUCUACGUCUGCAGCAAAUGGAGGAAAUGAUGAGUGUGUGAAUGGAUCCAUGAUGCCUUUGUCUCAUCCUGCUCAGCAACAGCAGCAGCCUAAUUCCCAAAAUGCCACAUCUAAUGCCAAACCGAAGCGGCCAAGGAAACCCAGACAAAAGAGGGAACCCAGGCCUGGUGGUAUUGCUGGAGAGGGUAUAAAGCGUCGGCGGAAUAACCAGAACGGGGCUCGUGGUGAUGGAGCAGAAAGGCCUUAUUUAUGCACUGUUUGUGGGCGUGGCUUUGGCAGGCGCGAGACUCUCCGCCGCCACGAGCGUGUUCAUACAGGAGAAAAGCCAUUCCAUUGCGAUGUCUGCGGCAAAGAUUUUCGAGAGCCUUUCCAUCUUACUAAACAUCAGACUGUUCAUUCAGGGGAGAAGAACUUCAAAUGCUCACUUUGUGGAAAAGAUUUCGGUUAUGCGCAAAGUUUGAAAAGACAUGAAAAGCUACACCUCAGGGGGGAUUUCAAGCCUAGGCGGAGUAAAACCAAGUCUUCGGCAAACCAAGCAGCGGCAGUUCAUCAAGAUGGCAGUCAAACAGCCCCUGGCUCAUAUUACUCUUAUUCUCAAAAUAAAGCUCCAGGAUCCACUAGUAGCACAUCAAACCAGCCCCCACCGAAGCUUUACACGUGCGAUAUUUGCUGGAAGUCGUUUCGCCAUCACUUCCAUUUGACCGCUCACCACCAAGCCAUUCAUGAACAUGGUGGAGAGAAGCUGUUCUCGUGCGAGGUGUGUGGAAAAGCCUUCGCCUACUCCAACAGUCUGACGAGACAUCGCCUGUCUCAGCACGGUUUAUCACGAGCUGGACCAACCCCUCAGCCAACAGGAAGUGGAUCUGGUGGAAAUGCAACAUCCUUGACAGAAAGCGAGGCUGCCACUAACGUCCUUCUUAGUCUGGCUCCAGAUAAUGGGAGCCAUGGUGUCCAGCAAACCCAUUCAACCAUUGCUCAUACACAUCUUCACUCUCAACCUGCUGGCUAUUCCCCACUCUUCUACACACCAGAGUCAGGUCCACAUAGUUCGAAUACCAAUGCCCCUUCACACCCUCAACACCCUCACUACUCGCACUCCACUCUAGGGCCCCUUUCGCAUCAGCAGCCAAUAAGCGGGAAGGGACAACAGAUUUAUCAAGGGAUUACAGGAAACCCCAUUCAUUCAGUUCCCCCUCAUAUCCACAUUUCAUCCUCUCCGCUCCACAUUUCUCAGUACCACCACCAGCAGCACUCUUUCCAAAUGCAGCCCCAGCAUCUACAGCAUCAGCUUGUACAGGUGCAUGGCGAUGCCGGCCAGAAAAAAAAAAAAAAAAAAAAGAAAAAAAAUAGAUUCUUUGGUGGGGGGCAGCUGAUUGGCGGGUUCAGUGAAUUUGAGAACGCGAGAUGGCAUCAGUUUUUGCAGAGAAAAAAAACCCGGCUUCAGCAGCAACUUAAACGGAAAAGGUGGAUAGCCCAGUUGAAUUGGGCCAAGUAUACCGGAGGACUUGGGCUUCAUUUAGGAGUCGGUACAUGGCGUGCGGGUGGGCUGAAGUUCAGAGGUUUAAGGUCUUUGAUGGUUCCCUUUAGGUUCUUUACAUGCCCUAUGUGUCCUUCCACCACUUUUACACGAAGGAUAACCCAUGCAGUUCACCGUGUGAUCAGGCACCCCCCGAGGAAACAUGGCUGUCGGGCUCGCCUGCGGUGUAUCGUCUGUGGUAAACGUUCUCGAAGGCUCCUCUCAGCUCUUCGCCAUCGUGCUCGGCACCUUUCCCAAGGAUCUUUCUCUUGCCACCAGUGCCCCUCGAGGUUCUGGAACGCCACCUUGCUACAGCGACACAAAUUCGCCUGUAGACGAGUGGGUGGAGGACGAAGAACACCAAAGGGGACUUAUUCUCAGAAAGGAGAGUAUUAUAUGGAAAGAUCAGGUGUAGAGUACAGGCACUAAAGUAUUUUCGAAGAAGAUUAUGACCGUCAAAACUGAUGAGGUUUGAAAAACAAAACCUAGAGACCCCUAAUGCACAGUGGAAGUUCUGCUUUGAAUCCACUACAUAUUUACAGUCACACACAAACACACUCAUUAUAUAGAUGGUCUGCGGUUCCAGCCGAAGGGAGUGCCUCUUACAACAAACAUGAACAUUAAGCCUGCAUCGAAACAAGAAAAGACAAAACACACAUCCAUUAAGGACAUGGAUCUGAAACAUGGUUUCUCCAAAGGGGAAGAAAAUUUUAGAUUAUGGAACUAUUUGGUAGCACCUUUGUUGUUAUAGUAGCAUCUCUAUCCUCAAAAAAAAAACACACAAAAAAAAAAAACAUUCAUUACGUAUUUUCAUAACUUUUUUCGUGCUGCGAUAAUGAAUGCAAACCAGUAAGAGUUAAACUAAUCUGAAUGGUAACAUUUCCCCCCCCCCUUAUUACUUAAGAUUUUUGACAGUAUAGUCUUUUAUUUUUAAAUAUAUGUAACUUUGUUUUUGUGGCCUGUGCCCUACCCCCCCCCAGUAGUCUCGUGUUUUAUAGAAAUGCUUGUCCUGGGACUAAUGUUGCUGGUUGGGAAGCUGUUGAACAUAAUUGUUAAUUCUCUAAGGACAGAUAUACUAAGACACUUAGGUUUUCAAACCUUAACAUUGAAAACUAAUACUCAUUCUCGCCUCAAUCCUUUUCAAAUCAUGUGAAAAUUUCUUGCGUAACUGAUGGGGUGGGGGCACCAUAGAAGCUGAAUAGAUGCCAUGUUUCAUGAGUUUAAUGUCACCUGUUUUUUAAGAAAUAUGUAAUUUUGUAGGUAUUUCUAUGACAAGUGUUAUAUCUUCGGUUGUGAUGGAUUGGCACGAGUAAGAGCAGAGAAACCAGUCCAUACUGUAAAAUGCGUAUUAUAUUUUAUGUAUCAAUUGUUUUCAUUGCCUUUUUUUUUUUUUUUUUUUUUAUUCUUCAGAGUGCAAGUUUUUUAAUCAUUUGUACUAUUUGUGGUUGGGCGUGUGUGUACGUUUUAAGAUGAGGGGAAUAUAUGUAUCAAUGUGAUUUUUAUUUGUUUUUAUUUUUUUGUUUUGGUUUUGUUCCUUUUUAACCCCCUUUUUGUCUAAUCUAAACAAGUAUAGCACAGGACCCCAACACUAUUGUAUACAUUUCAAAUUCUUUGCUUAGCUCCUCUGUCCCAGUGUAAUCUCAGUAAACUAAAAUAUGGCAUAUAAAUACUAAA